UAAAUAAACAAACAAACAAGUGAGUUUCUUCUAUUAUUGCUGGUCCAGAAAGGGUUAAAAUGACAGAGUGCGCAGCCCUAGAGAGGAGGAGAGGGAAUCCCCGACGUCACUUCCGGAGAUGCGCCGCUGAAUCAGAAGGUGGAAAGAAGCCCAUUGGCAGGAGUUCUCUUGCCAGCAAGUGACGCAACACUAGGAGGCUGCCGCUGAUUGGUCAAAGGGGGAGCGGGGCGUGGCCAGCAAAGAGGAUGAGGAGAGCUGGCUGGAUGGAAGGGCCGCUGAUCUGCUUUAGUUCACCCAAAUAAUGCCUCGCCGAAAAUCAAACUUAGGUCGUCGGACUCGCAGAGCCCAAGCAAAGCGACGGGUGAUUGCCAAUCAAACUGAGGAAGAAAGGGCAGCAGCGAAGGAGCGACACAGACAAAAAAUUGCUCAAAUACGAGCCUCGGAAACACCGGAGCGACGUGCGGCCAGACUCGAGGAGGCACGGUUGCGAGCACAGCGAUUGCGUUCUGCAGCUGCAAAUCGGCUUCGUUACCAAAAGAAUAAACUCAAGAGGCUGAGAGAGGCUGAAAGACGUCAACAAGAAGCAGCAAGUCGGUGCAAGACAAGACUCCGUGCUCAGCGAUCGAGACCACCGCUCCGGUGGGUGGUGAAGGAGGAGGGCAACGGGAGCGCAACGGUGCUGAGCGAAAACGAGUGGAGACUCCUUCCUCUUCAUCCUCCUUUCUCAGGCAAAGAGGAGAGGGAGAGUGAGAACGAGGAUGCACGGGUUAGAACACUCAACAUCGACACAAGGAGGGGAACACGGGGGAGAAGAAAGGAGCAGGGAACAAAGACCAAACAGAGACCAAACAGAGAAAAACAUGUUUUGUCAAUCAAUCCUUUCCCAGUUAGAUGAAGAGAAAGCGCAUAUUGUAUAUGUAUAUACAAUAUGUUAUAAUUAUACAUCAAAACAUCCAGGGCAAGAUCCUUGUAGAUGGCCAAUUCUCUCACACCAAAAGUGAUUUGCAGUUUCUCAAGUUGCUCCUGACAUGGAAAAGAGAGAGAGAGUGAGGUCUGCAUACACUUAGAGAGAUGUAAAAAGCAGAAAUCUUAAACAAAGGCAUGCACCUGAAAAGUAUCAAUUCUACAUAAGAAUAAGAGUAGAAGAGAGAGGAGAGAGCAAAUAGAUACAUUCCAACUGUCAUUCAGAUUCCCUCAGCCUAUUCUAAAGCUAACUAACUGUUCCUCACUGAGGACUACAGGCUUGGGCAGACUCCAACAUUUCUCAGCAUGUGUCAAUGUAAUGGGAUUGUGUAUGCCAUCUAAUAAACUGGACACUUCCCCAUCAUCUCAACAAAUUUUCUCUCUCCCUGCCCUUUAAAACAAAAUUGUUUUGGUUUUUGUGAUGUACAGUAGAGUCUCACUUAUCCAACCCUCGCUUAUCCAACAUUCUGUAUUAUCCAACAGAGUUUGCCUUUUAGUAUUCAAUGUUUUUGUAAUCAAUGAUUUCAUGUUACUGUGUACUGAACUGCUUUUUCUGUGGAUUUGUUGUAAAACGUGGUGUUUUGGUGCUUUAUUUGUAAAAUCAUAACAUAAUUAGAUGUUUAAUAGGAUUUUCCUUAAUCCCUCCUUAUUAUCCAACAUUUUCGUUUAUUCAACGUUCUACCGGCCCGUUUAACUUGGAUAAGUGAGACUCUACUGUACUUUCUUAUUUGCUGACAACUGGCAUGACACAAGGCAAACUAAAAAUAGAAACAGUAUGCUAAAAAUUGAAUAUAAAUUUAUAUAUACACACACACACACACACACAUACAUAUAUAGUAUCAAAGUUAAAUACAGUAGAGUCUCACUUAUCCAAGCCUCGUUUAUCCAAGCUUCUGGAUAAUCCAAACCAUUUUUGUAGUCAAUGUUUUCAAUAUAUCGUGAUAUUUUGGUGCAAAAUUUGUAAAUACAGUAAUGACAACAUAACAUUACUGCAUAUUGAACUAUCUUUUCUGUCAAAUUUGUUGUAUAACAUGUUUUGGUGCUUAAUUUGAAAAAUCAUAACCUAAUUUGAUGUUUAAUAGGCUUUUCCUUAAUCCCUCCUUAUUAUCCAAGAUAUUCGCUUAUCCAAGCUUCUGCCGGCCUGUUAAUGUUGGAUAAGUGAGACUCUACUGUAUAUAUAUACAGACACACACACACAUAUAUAGUAUCAAAAUUAAAUACCGUUAAACUAC